AUGUCCUUGCCAAAAACUACAAAGGGUUGGGUGGUCGAGGGUCAGGGCAGCUUUGACAAUCUCAAGUUUGACACCCAACAGCCUCUCCCUGAGCUCUCUGACAACGAAGUGCUGGUAAAGUUCCAUGCAGCUUCUCUCAAUUUCCGCGAUGUCAUGAUUGCCCAGGGCACUUAUCCUUUCGAUGUCAAGCCAAACAUCAUUCCAGGCUCCGAUGGUGCUGGAGAAGUCGUGGCUACCGGAAAUAAGGUCACCCGCUUUCAGAAUGGUUCCAAGGUCGUGACGUUGUUCAUGCAAACGUAUUAUGGUGGACCGCUGACCCCAAAGGUCUUGGGAUCUGGGGUAGGUGGCUCUAUCGAUGGCACUCUGCGGCAGUACGGUAUCUUUAACGAGAAUGGACUUGUGGAUAUGCCAAGGAACCUCAGUUAUCUGGAGGCUGCAACGCUGCCUUGCAGCGCCCUCACGGCGUGGAAUGCUCUCUACGGGCUCAAGGCAAUCCUUCCCGGCGACUGGGUCUUGACACAGGGUACUGGUGGUGUGAGUAUCUCUGCCCUGCAAUUUGCGAAGGCUGUGGGUGCUCGAGUUGUUGCCACGACUUCUUCGGCAUCCAAGGCUCAGAAGCUGAGGGAACUCGGAGCAGAUCAUGUCAUCAACUACAAGGAGAUUCCGAACUGGGGGGAGGAGGCCAAGAGGCUCACCGAAGGUGGUGUUGACCAUGUCAUCGAGGUUGGGGGCGCGCAUACUGUGACGGAAAGUCUCAAAGCCGUCAAUAUUGGUGGUCUUGUCACCAUCAUUGGUUGGAUUGCUGGACCGGGAGAGACCGGACCGAGCUUUCCUCAGAUCCUAUCCAGCAUGGCUGUUGUCAGGGGAAUCGUUGUUGGAAGCCGAGAUCAAUUCGAAACAAUGAUUCGUGCAAUUGAGGCUUCCAACAUCAAACCCGUUCUCGACCAACAGGUCUUCAAGCUCGAGGAGCUCAAGCAGUGA